AUGGACGACCAAGCCAGCAUCUGGCUUUCCGGCGGCCAGCCAUCGUCAACACCACCACCUACUCACAACGCAUCAUCCAUGAUAACCUACACCCCCACCGCCCUCAAGAUCAUCGGUCAACAAUGCAGCCAGCGCCUGCCUCCCGCCAACGCCGUACAGGCCAUGUUCCUGUACGAGCUGCAGCGUCAAAGCGAAUCGGAGCAGCUCUUUAAGAACCAGAUGUUCCGACUCGCACGCAGCGAGGACGCGUCGACGAUCCAACAGCGGCGGAUCGAGGAGUUGGAGGGCAAGGUCGUGGGAUUGGAGAAGAAGAUCAUGGAGAAGGUUCACGAGGAGAGAAUCGCGACGAGUCAGAGCAUGAUGCAUAUGCUGGGGGCGAAGAUCAAGGGUGUGACUGAGAAGGUUGAGGGACUGGAAGGCGCGAUUGGAAGCUUGAGCGCCAGGGUCGAGGAGGUAGCUCAGGAGAGGACGAAGGAGACUUCUGAUGGCCAAGCAGAAGACAAGAAGGCGGCUUUCGUGAAGAUGAUGAAGGCUGAGAUCGACGUCUUGUUCGAGGAUCGUGAUGGCAUUUUGGACAUCAUCGGUGGACUGAAGGCGCGUCUUGCUGAACUCGAGCUCAAGUCGAAAUCGGAGGAACCACCACAACCAUCGACCAGCAGCAUCGCCGCCCCCACCAGCAUCGCCGAACCCACCAACAUCGCCAAGGAUACCACCAACAUCUCCAAGGAUACCACCGACAACACCCUCAAUAUCGUCACCAAUGGUACCAAUGGUACCACCGUCACCAAGGGCAUCAACGCCACCGGCGGUGUGAACAGUGGCCCUCAACCCCGACUCCCAAUCGGCCCAUCUCACCGUGCUCCAACCAGCGGCACCUCCACUCCAACCCAGGCCCAGCGCCUUCCACUUCGUCCCUCAACCCCCUCCCAAACGCCACUCGACCUCUCCAUCCCAAAGGGCAAAGCGCACGUCACCCUCCGCGGCAGCAAUCACGCCCCACCACCCGUUCCCACGCCUUCUGAUGGCAACCUGCGCCCCUUCAGCCCCGGGAAGCAAUGGACAUCAUAG